AUGUCUAUAGGCUCUUCAUUACCACCUUCUACUUUAACAGAGGCAUUCAAAGCUCACGUUCAAGCCACUAUUCGGCUCACCAAAGUAGUACUCGAACUGGAAUGGACCAUCUUUACGAGGUUUAUUGUAGGUGUCAUCGUGGCUACUUUCUUAUCUAUCAUAUAUCUUGUUUGGACCUUGCGUAAAUCAAGACGACCUCUUGUUAUUUGGGAUAGAUUAAAUAAACCCAUCAUAAAAUUGUUCAGACCAAGAAUAUUUGCAUUUUUGAUGCGAAACUCAAAUCCUUAUUCAGGAUCGAUUGAUAUGACAAUUACAACCUUUUCUCGAGGAUUCUGUACAGGAUUUAUGCGUGAUCGUCAUUAUAAUCGAAAUACAUCAAAAAGUAUUCACGCAACUGCACUUGCUACAUUUGCAGAAACAGUAGGCGAAUUGGGAUUAUUAAGCAGUUUAUCGGAUGAUAAAGACGAAGUUAGCCUUUCUUCCCUAGAAUUAGAGUUUAAAAAGAAAGCAAGAGGAUUAAUUACGGCAUCUACAGAUUUUACAAUGCCUGAAAUCACUGAGGAGAAGCAGGAAGUGAAGAUGGAUGUCAUUGUUAAGGAUCGUAUGCUAGAUACAGUGGCAAUAGUUCACCUCGUUUGGACUGUCAAUAAAGGGCAAUAA